CGAUUAAAAUAAGUACUCAAUCUACUACAUCUAAAAAUACUUCAAUAAACUGGUUAAUCCUGUCUUGUCUGAAGUCUACCACAAGUCCACAGCAUCUCCACCACGCAAUGCAUAUAUAUACAUGCGUGUGUGUCUAUAUAUGAACAAGCCUGAUGACAUACAAGAAAAGUUAAUAUAAUUUUCUCUCUUUGUCCUGGUUCAAAGCAAACAUUUCUUUUAUUAAAAUCUUGUUUUAUUUUACGUUACAAUAAAGCAAAUAUGAAAGACAAUACAAGCUGGUCUUGUUUUUGCUUUUCACUGAAACUAUGCUUGUUGUCCGUUCUCUUUCUCACUGAGACACUCGUCGCCAUAAAGCUGCCGCCAAACUUGACGUUUCCAGCGCUAAUAGCUUUCGGUGACUCCAUUGUCGACACCGGAAAUAAUAACAAUGUCAAAACCGUAGUUAAGUGCGAUUUUCAGCCUUACGGUAUCAAUUUCCAAGGCGGCGUUCCCACCGGGAGAUUUUGCGACGGACGAGUCCCUCCCGAUUUGAUUGCCGAAGAAUUGGGAAUAAAAUCAGUUGUACCUGCAUAUCUCGAUCCAAGUUUAAAGACUGAAGAUCUUUUAACCGGUGUAUCAUUUGCGUCGGGAGGUUCUGGUUAUGAUCCUUUAACACCCAAACUCGUGGCAGUAAUUUCAUUAGAAGAUCAAUUAAAAUAUUUCGAGGAGUACAUAGAGAAAGUGAAGAAUAUAGUUGGGGAAGAAAGAAAAGGGUUCAUAUUAGCCAACAGCUUAUUCUUAUUGGUCGCAGGCAGUGACGACAUAGCCAAUACUUACUAUGUUCUCCGUGCAAGACCUCACUACGACGUCGACUCGUACACUACUCUUAUGGUCAACUCUGCCUCCGAUUUUGUGAACAAACUAUACGGAUAUGGAGUGAGAAGAAUAGCCGUGUUUGGUGCACCACCACUUGGUUGUGUACCAUCACAGAGAACCUUAGGAGGAGGUCUUUUGAGAGAAUGUGCUGAGAAUUACAACGAAGCAGCAAAGCUUUUUAAUUCAAAGAUCUCCCCAAAAUUGGAUUUGAUGCAAAAAACUCUACCGGGUAUCAAACCGGUCUACAUUAAUAUCUAUGACCCUCUUCUCGAUAUAAUCCAGAGUCCUGCAAAAUACGGAUUUGGAGUGUCUAAUAAAGGAUGCUGUGGAACCGGAGUCAUAGAAGUUGCUGUCCUGUGCAAUAAAAUCACAUCUUCUGUAUGUCCCGACGUGUCUAGCCAUGUGUUUUGGGACAGUUAUCAUCCCACAGAGAAAACUUACAAAGUGUUAAUCUCACUGUUGAUUAGCAAAUUUGUUGAUCAGUUUGUCUAAAUUUAAAUCCAAAGUUCAUUUCCUAGUAGUGAUUGACUAUAUUUAAUCAUGUUUUGUCUGUAUAUUGUAUUCGCUCAAAAUAAAAUUUGUUGAUCAGUUUGUAUUCGGAUAUUGUAUUCGCUCAAAAUAAAAUUAAUAUAUAUACUGGUGUUUCGUA